UUUGGAAUAAAAAUGUCCGGAGCAGUAUAUCAACCCACAACAGUCACUUAUGAAUCAAAUGGUCCUCAUGAAAGGUGGCAGGAUAGGCCCAUCAGCUAUUUAACCUCGCCAGGUCCACAGAGUUCUAGAAAGCCACAAUUCAUUUAUAUAGGCUUUCUUUCUGGAAGUAUAACAGCUCUUUUUUUCGGUCUCUGCAUAUUUAUUAUUGGGAUAAAGUCAUACAUAAGGACAGCAGAUGCAGUAAAUUUCAUGUACAUAGUAUUUGGACCAGUAUUUAUUGGAGUUGGAAUCGUCUUAUUGGUAUGGUUUCUUCGUAUCUCAAGACUUUUAUGUUGGAAGAACCCAAAGGAUCACUUGGACACUUCUGGUGGUCAAGCACUAACUGUAAAUCCAUCCACUGAUCUAUUGGUCACAGCACAGUAUGCACCUAUUUCGGAGAUUGCUUAUCGGCCAGCAGCACCAGAAGAUCCUGAACUAAGCAAACUGAUGCCGCAGAAAAACAAGGAUCUUUCAAAUGAAGACGCUGACCGCAUGGUAGAAAGGGAUCCCAGAAUUGUUCUUCGUCCUCUUAAUACAACAGAAGAAACUUAAAAACACUUACAUUAUUUUCUUCGGCUAUUUAAACCUAGAACUUAGGUAAACUUCCUUUAAGACUUCACCAGUUCCAAUUAGGUACUUAAUUUUAGAUUUAAGUAUAUGUAUGUAGUUAAGCAAACAUUCAGACUUUUCUAAUUGAUGUAUCCUGUUCUCGAUACUUUUGAUCAAUGUGAUCAGUUCGUCGGUUAGAGGUGUAAUAUUUUGCUUUUUAAUCAAAAUUUGUAAUGCUGAAAAACAGAAUGAAAAACUUAUUGAAACAUUGUUACAUGUUAAAUAAUUUACUAUCGAAUUAAAGAUAAUUAAGUCAAAGUUAUAAAGUCUUCAAUCCAAUAAAAUAUAAAAUAAUAUUAAAUUGAAAACCUUUUUCUGACCAUUUUUCUGGUUACACCUCCGUAGCUUCUAAAAAUACAAGCCAAACGGAUGCUGGAUCAUGAAGAUGAGGGAAUUCUACAAUUUACAAUUCACAAUCAUCUGUCCAGCGCGGAAAAGUUCCAACGAAAAAUGGACCCUUGUACUCUAUAGGAGUAAACUAAUGAAAUAAAAAUGAAUAAACACUUUCAUUUAGUUGCCAAACGAAACCAAAGCCGACUUAUAUUUUAGUUUUUUCAGAGAGUGCUGCAAACACCCUAACCGGUUUCAAAACUUCAACCGGUUAGGGUGCAUGUACCGCUCUCUGAACGAACUAAAAUAUAAGACGGCUUUAGUUUCGUUUUGCAACUAAAUGAAAAUGCUUAUUCAUUUUUAUUUCAUUUGUUUACUCCUAUAGAGCAUAAGGGUCCAUUUUGGGAAACGUUUCCACGCUGGACAGAUUUUUUUUUAUAUACUGCAUUUUUACAAUCUACUCUAAACACAAAGUAAUAAGUAAAUAGUCUGAAAGUAAAUUAACGUGAAUUAGGUACCAUCCAGUGACGGUUCUCUAAGUAUUAUUCUUUAUUGUGGUAGGUCGUCUAGCCAUAUUCUCUUUAGUCUUCUUUCAGCAAGUGGUUGGGUGAAUAAAUUAUUUAUCAAGUCGUUGGUGUGGUCAGUGGUGCGAUUUUGAUAUUUUAUUGAACGAUUUUUUAUUAAGUCCUUGAUUAGUGGGAUGUCCAGAUCAUUGUGGAGUGUCUGGUUGGAUACAUACCAUGGAGCUUUACUUAUCAUACGGAGAAUUUUGGAUUGGAAUGUUUGGAGUAUCUUCGUAUUUGAAGGUUUACUGCAGCCCCAUAGUUCUAUUCCGUAAGACCAAACUGGUAUAAGUAUAGCUUUGUACAGAAGCAGUUUAUUUUCAAGAGAUAACUGAGACUUCUUGUUAAAUAGCCAGUUCAUAUUUUUUAGUUUAAGAUUUAAUUGUUUACGUUUAAUUUUAAUGUGCGUUUUCCAUAUGAGUUUUUCAUCCAGAUGCAAUCCCAAGUAUUCGACAACUGGCUUGAUGGGAAUCGGAGUAUUAUUUAUAGAAACUUGAGGACAUGUAGAUUUUCUGGUUGUAAAAGUAAUUUGUACUGAUUUGCUGGCAUUAACAUUUAUUUUCCAUCGCUUGAGCCAGUUUUGUAAUUGGUCUAAAUGAUUUUGAACUUUUUGUGAUGCUACAUUAGGGUCGACAUCCACUGCUAAGAUUCCCGUAUCAUCGGCAAAAGUAGCUAAUAAGGUAUCAUUUCUGGUUGGAACGUCGGCUGUAAAUAUCAGAUAGAGAAAUGGGCCGAGAACGCUACCCUGUGGUACGCCAGAUUGGAUGAUGUGGUAAUUUGAGAAGUUGUCUUCAAUUUUGACUUGGAAAUAUCGGUCAGUCAGAUACGAUUUUAGAAUAAAGUAUAGUUGGUCUGUCAUGUGUAAUUUUAGUUUAUAGAGGAGACCUUGAUGCCAUACCCUAUCAAAUGCCUGUUGUAUAUCGAGAAACACUCCAGCGCAAAACUUUUUUUCUUCAAGAGUUGUUUUAAUUAUAUUUACUAUUCUGUGGCAUUGUUGUAUGGUUGAGUGUUCACGUCUAAAUCCGAAUUGGUGUUGUGGUAUAAUUUCGUUUAUGGGGACAACUUGCUCGAUUUUAUGUAAUAGUAGCCGUUCUAAUACUUUCGACAUUAUUGGGAGUAGGCUUAUCGGGCGAUAUGAAUUUGACGCUGGACAGAUGAGUUGUGAAUUGUAAAUUGUAGAAUUCCCUCACCUUCAUGUUCCAGCAUCCGUUUGGCUUGCAUUUUUAGAAACCACGAAGGUGUAACCAGAAAAAUGGCCCCAAUAAGGUUUUCAAUUUAAUAUCAUUUUAUAUUUUAUUGGAUUGAAGACCUUAUCUUUAUACCUUUGACCUGUUUCUAGUAGAUGUCACUUAGACACCCUUGCCAUUUCGUUAGUUGCAAUCCGGGUCUGGUGAACCUGAAUUAUUUUAGUUGAUCCAGAGGUAGCUACAUAUGCAUCCUCUGAUAAUAAACUAUUUGAAGUUUUGAAAUCGGUUAGGGUGCUUGUAGCGCUCUCUGAACGAACUAAAAUAUAGGACUGCUUUGGUUUCGUUUCGCAACUAAAUGAAAAUAUUUAUUCAUUUUAAAGAUAAUUAGUUUGUGCUUAUUAAAAAUGUCAAACAUAAUUUUAUUUUACCUUGUUCUUAAUUUCCAGUUUUUCUUUCAAUCUUUUAAGUUCUCUCUACCUUCUGUUGUCUAAAGUAUCAGGAACAGUAUACAUUCAGUAACAUUACUGAGUUGGUUCUCGCUUUUGAGAUUUGGUAAACAUUACAAUGAGAUUGUUUAGUGUUCGGCCCAUUUAGUGGGUGGUAAGUAUCACACAUUCAAUAAAAAAGUAUUAAAUCGUAAAUGGCUACGUCAAAAGUUCAAGCGGACUGGAUCACACCACAAACCAUACAUACUCUAGACUCUAGACUUUCCACGACCAUGUUAAUCUUUCGGAUCGAAUUAACGCCAUCUCUUGAUUGGAAAGGCAACUAAAUUGACAAAUUAUAGUUACGCGGGAAUUUCAAACUAUAAAUUUUGCGGGAUUUUUGAUGAAAUUUCGCAGGAAAUUGAAACAACAGAAACAACAAAUUCAGUGUUUUAUUGAAUAAUUAUAUUAUAACCUAAAAUUACCUUAAGAGUUCCAUCUACAUAAAAAAUACUAAAAGUCUUAAGUUCUGUCUAAAGUUAUGGUAGUGGAUAGUGUUGUAAUCGGGGCUGAAAUAACAAUAUAAACAAAAAUCAUAGUUUUACUGAAAACUUCAAAUAUUCCAAUUUGUUUUCAGAAUGCUAAACACUACUGCCAUGUGUCAUGUGAAAGCACUGUUUUUGUAAUAAAUCAAUGUUUAAUAUUUAGUUGAAUGAAAAUUUUUGAAACAAUAUCUUUAAGGAAGAAUUUUUAUAUAAAUACCUUAAAAUCUUAUACAAACUUCUGAAAAAUAUAUAGUUGAAAUGUUGAUGACACACUGAUGUCUAUUGUAAUUUGUUUUUAUGUUGUAUAUUGUUUUUUACAUGUAGAGAAAUUCUACUCAUAAAACGAAGAGAAGGUUAAUUAAAUUGACUAAAAUUGUGGUUAAAUCUGAUUAAAAUCGUAACACCACUAUAAUAAUUAAGUCAUAAAUUGUAAAGUAAAUUGAAAAAUAACCCAUUAAUUUAAUUGUUAAAUGUGACAAGAAAAUUCACUGAAGGCGACAUCUCUGGAUUGGAAAGACCACUAAUUUGCUGUCUUAACCUUGACCAUUUGCGUGAAAGGUCUGGAGUAUGUAUGAUUUGUGGAUCACACUGUAUAUUUAUUAGCCUUAUUCAUGUCGCUUUUUCUUAAGUAACAAACGAAUUGUAGACAUUUACAUCGAUAACUGAAGUUAACAAAUCCUAAUUUGUAAAACUGUACACGUUUUCUAAAAAUCUAUUAAUGUUAGUUUGUUAGAUUUUAUAUACUUUUGGAUUAAAAGUAAUAUUUAUUGUUUAUUAUAAUGAAUGCUUUUGUGUGAAGCGAUUGGUUAUUGCGUUUUUUAAGAGAAAUGUAAUGACAAAGGAUUUUAACUUAAAAUUUAUCAUUUUCUCGCACAAAGUAACCAAAAUGUGAUACACUUGAUCUGUAGGUCUUUACAUUUCUUGAUCAAGCUCUUUAUAGGAAUGUAUAAACAUUCUCAAUUUCUUUGCAACACGAAAAUGCAGAAGCUGCAUAAUACUCUAGUUAAAUCGGAGAGUGCAGGAAGAGUCUAUACCGGUUUCAGAGGUCUUUUCCCCCUCAUCAGUAGUCCCAUAUCCUCUUCUCUCCGAUUUCUCCACGUAUCAUACUUUCGGCCUUUCCGAAUUGCAAAGAAAGAAAUGUCACGGAUGAACUAGAGCCAUCUACCGAAAAACAAAGUAAGUUAUCAACCGAAGUAGCACAGAAAACGACAAUAAAUAUCGUCUCCAUACCACCAGAUUGACAACAGGUGGAAUACUUUCUUUGGUUACACCUCCUGAGAUUUUCAAAAUUUUUAAAUCAAACAGGAUGCCGAGGAAAUUAAGAUGAGAGAAUUUUUAAAAAUUCAUAACUCAUCUGCUCAGCGUGGUAAAAGUUCCAACAGGAAAGAUUCCUUAAUACUCCUACAAAAUAGUAAAUGAAUUAAAAAUGUAUAAACAUUCUCAAUUUCUUUGCAACACGAAAAUGCAGGUUAUAAUAUUCUGUAUAAAAUUCUGCAUAAUACUCUGGUUAAAUCGGAGAGUGCAGGAAGAGCCUAUACCGGUUUCGGAGGUCUUUUCCCCCUCAUCAGUAGUCCCAUAUCCUCUUCUCUCCGAUUUCUCCACGUAUCAUACUUUGGGUCUUUCCGAAUUGCAAAGAAAGAAAAAAUUAGAAUUUGAAAAUUUAAUAAUACACUCAGAUGCAAAAAAAACGCAACGGAGAAAAUUUUGGUCAAAUUCAAAGUAUUUCAGUUUUUUUAUUUUUACCCCUAUUUUGAUGAUUUUUUUAGCACACUGUGUAAAAAUUUAUAAAUUUUAAUUUGGUAUAGUGAGUUUUUUAAUAAAAUUUUGUAUUUGACUUAUUAUACGGGGUUAAUCGAAAGGUGGUUUUUUAUCCUAAUUUUCAAACAUCCUGUGGAAUAAUUCCGUUAGCGUAUUUUCGUAAAACCUUGUUUUUAGGUUGCAACCAUGUCUUCUAAGUAUUAUGUUUUUUGUUUCAUGUGAAAAUAUGGAUUGGUUCAUUUUUAGGAGCGAAAUGACUUUGCCACCCACAAUUUACGACUUUUCCUAUUAUUACCGUUAUCUUUUGUAUUAAUUUGUAAUACGACGAUAGGAGCUUUGAUGACUGAUAUCGAAGGAAUGUCAUAUCGACAUCCCAGAAGCACUGUAUUUAAAUAAUGAUUAAAAGCAACGACAUGAUCUUGGUUUUAAUGAACAAUGAUAACAAUAACAAAACAAAAAAAAAACAACUUAAAUGUAACAACCUAAGUACGCAAAUAACAAAGAAAAACUACUAAAAUAUAACUUAAUACUUUGUAUUGCCUCCCGUAGCCUCUAUAACUGCCUGUACACGUCGGCUCAUGCUGUCUAUGAGGUUGCGAAUAUCAUUUUGCUGGAUGUUCUGCCAUUCCUCUUCUAGAGCCAAGCGAAGUACAUUAAUUGAGGCUGGUGCGACUUCGCGACCUCUAAUAUUUCUACCAAGCAUGUCCCAAACGUGCUCUAUUGGGUUCAGAUCUGGCGAAUACGCUGGCCAGUUCAUUUUAUUGAUUCCAACUUCCUCUAAAUAUUGAGUGACACACAUUGCAGAGUGGGCUCGCGCAUUAUCUUGCAUUAAUAGAAAAUCAUCGCCGAUAUAUUGAGAAAAGAGUACUACGUGAUUCGCUAAAAUGUCCUCAAUAUAUCGGUGUGCAGUCAACGAACCCUCAAUAAAUACCAACUCAGUGUACGCCUCUCGGGAUAUUCCUGCCCAUACCAUCACCGGACCCCCUCCAUGGCUAACGCGGGGACUGAAAGCACACUUCGCAAAUCUCUCUCCAGUUCGACGCCAUACUCGUUCUCUCCCAUCUGAUGAGUGGAGACAGUAUCUCGACUCAUCCGUAAAAAGAACAUUACUCCAUUGUCCUAAAUUCCAAUGUAAAUGUUCCCUGGAAAAUUGUAGUCUAGCCACUCUAUGCCGUGGAAGUAAUUUGGGCCCAGACGCUGGUCUGCAACUUUGCAAACCAAAUUCAUGUAAACUUCGACGAACUGUAAAUACACUUACAUUAUUGCCUCGAACCUGUUGAAGUUGAUUUCUUGUUUGAACCGCUGUUAAAUGACGAUCCCGCAAAGUGUUGACUCGUAUAAAACGAUCAUCUAAACCGGUAGUUUUGCGCUUCCUGCCACUUCCCGCUUUACGUUUGUUUGUUCCAGUUCGUAUAAAACGUUAAACUACCCUUUGGAUGGUAGAGCGAUGAGUGUGUAGUACUCUAGCCACAUAUUCAUAAUUUCGCCCAUCUUCAACCAGAGCAACGGCUUUCGCACAAUCUUCGACACUAAGAACCAUGAUUAAUCAUAGGUAAACAAAACGUAAGUGCCAAUAUGAUAUAUGAUAACAGUCACCAAAGCCACCUCGUCGUAUUACACAAUUACUCCAAAAUAAUCAUAAUUUAAAAACUCCUAAAUUGUGGGUGGCAAAUUCAUCUAGCUCUAAAAAAUUAACCAAGGCAUAUUUUGACAUGAAACAAAAAAUACAAUGCUUAGGAGACACGGUUGCAACCGAAAAAUAAGGACUUACGAAAAUUCGCAAAGGGAAUUAUUCCACAGGAUGUUUAAAAGUUAGGAUAAAAAACCACCUUUCGAUUAACCCCGUAUAAUAAGUCAAAUACAAAAUUUUAUUAAAAAACUCACUAUAGCAACUUAAAAUUUAUAAAUUUUUACACAGUGUGCUAAAAAAAUCAUCAAAAUAGGGCUAAAAAUAAAAAAACUGAAAUACUUUGAAUUUGACCAAAAUUUUCUCCGUUGCGUUUUUUUUGCAUCUGAGUGUAUAAUGAGAAAAUUAAAAUUCUCUCAUCUUAAUUUCCUCGGCAUCCUGUUUGAUUUAAAAAUUUUGAAAAUCUCGGAGGUUGUAACCAAAGAAAGUAUUCCACCUGUUGUCAAUCUGGUGGCAUGGAGAGGAUAUUUAUUGUCGUUUUCUGUACUACUUCGAUUGAUAACUUACUUUGUUUUUCGGUAGAUGGCUUUAGUUCAUCCGUGACAUUUCUUUCUGAGAAUUGAGAAUGUUUAUACAUUUUUAAUUCAUUUACUAUUUUGCAGGAGUAUUAAGGAAUCUUUCUUGUUGGAACUUUUACCACGCUGAGCAGAUGAGUUGUGAAUUAUUUAAAAUUCUCUCAUCUUAAUUUCCUCGGCAUCCUGUUUGAUUUAUAAAUUUUGAAAAUCUCAGGAGGUGUAACCAAAGAAAGUAUUCCACCUGUUGUCAAUCUGGUGGCAUGGAGACGAUAUUUAUUGUCGUUUUCUGUACUACUUCGAUUGAUAACUUACUUUGUUUUUCGGUAGAUGGCUUUAGUUCAUCCGUGACAUUUCUUUCUGAGAAUUGAGAAUGUUUAUACAUUUUUAAUUCAUUUACUAUUUUGCAGGAGUAUUAAGGAAUCUUCCUUGUUGGAACUUUUACCACGCUGAGCAGAUGAGUUGUGAAUUUUUAAAAAUUCUCUCAUCUUAAUUUCCUCGGCAUCCUGUUUGAUUUAUAAAUUUUGAAAAUCUCAGGAGGUUGUAACCAAAGAAAGUAUUCCACCUGUUGUCAAUCUGGUGGUAUCGGAACGAUAUUUAUUGUCGUUUCUGUGCUACUUCGAUUGAUAACUUACUUUAUUUUUCUAUAUAGGACUUUUCAACUCUUCUCAUUUGUUUCGGGCUUCUGUCAUAAUAUGUCGCAAUAUUAAUGUUAUACACGGAUUAUACGACAUAUGACAGAUGCUUGAAACAAAUGAGAAACGUUGAAAAGUUCUAUGGGCUAAAGGUAUGAUAAUAAUAUAGGGUAUAUCUUGAAAAUAAAGGAAUUAGUAUGAGAUUUGGAAGGAGACAGUGCUGUUGUUACUUCUGCAACUUUCUUUGCUUGGGUUGCUUGGAGCAUCUCCAAGUAACGUUUAAGACAAAGUGAAAGAGAACUAGAAGUCCAUCUGGUAUGGACAAACGUUCAGUUAUUUGAAAGAAAAUAACCAAUUGCUUUCCCAAAAAUCGGUUAAGUUAAAAUACUUCUUUAAAAGUAGUAUACAGAUUUUUUAUAAAAAAAAUACAGUUGAUUAAAUUUGGGUUUGUGCAAUUAAUAAUAUUCUUUGUUAAAAAUCGUCUUAGAAAAAUCUGCCUGCUAUUUUUAUCGUUAAAGGUACGUUUACAUCUGUUGCUUGUCUUAGUGCGAAAGUUUUAAACACACCUGAAGUUAUUUUCAAUUCAAAUCAACCAUAAGCAAUUUUUACAAUAAUGUAAAUAGUCAGUGAAAUUUUAUAUCUGACACUAAAUGUUUAGGUCUAAAUAAAAUUUUCAGUUGUAAACAUACCUUAACUGUUUAGGUUUAGGUAAUAGACAUACUAAAAACAAAUAAAAUUUUAUAUGUAUAUACAUACACAUUACUUAUAUUAAUACUGGGAAUCAAUGUGAAGGGAAUCAUGAGUUGGAAUGUAUGAAUAGUAAGGGCUGUUUCACAUUAUAAGAAUUUUGAACGUGCGAGGGUUUUCUCGUGCGGUAGUUUUGACGCACCUAUCCUUUUCACACAAUAAGAAUUGAGUCGCACGAAGAUAUUUUGCUGUGUUGUUUGGUAUAUUAUUUUUAUUUACACUUUGUGACUGAGGUAAGUACAUGAUACGAUGUCUGAUAUGUAUCAUUACGAUGUAUUAUUACAAAUAGGUAUUUUUUGUCCAUACUUUUGUCCUAAUGUACUGUAAUGCGUAUUUAAUUCAUUUGCAAUUUCCAUUUUGUCAGUUAUUAUUUCUUAUGUUUUUAAUUAAAAGUUUUAAUUUAUUUUUAUAAUCGUUGUUCUACAGAGUUUUUUGUGGGAUCUUGGAUUAGUUCAUCUAAUUAGCUCAUACAAUCUAUGUAACAAACUAUUCUAAAUGGGAAAUAAGCCACAAUUGAACUAAAAAAAUGAUUUUAUUAACGUUUCGACAUCCGAAUUGCGGGCGUCGAAACGUUAAUAAAAUUAUUAUUUUUUAGUUAAAUUGUGGCUUAUUUCCCAUUUAGAAUAGUUUAUUAUAAAAAUUCCACAAGGAAACAGCUUCAGAACAACAUUACAAUAUAUGUUUUUCAUGUAGAGAAUUUAAAAGACCCUCUGUCAUCCAUUCAUUUUUAAAUGUUGUUCCCCUCGUUUUAAAUGUUGUUUUUAGAUAAUUUCACUCAAGACGUGACCGCCGCCCUACUCCAGUCUUCACCGAGUUGUUUACCCUAUAAAACUAAAUAUAAUUUCGUAGAAUUAAAUGUAUAGUUAUAUUAUAUUAUUAUGGAGCGAAAUCAAAUUAUAGCGUUGUGGUUACUUUAUCGUCGAAGAAAGAGAAAUACGAGGAACCGAAUUCAUUGGGUGCAUCCUAUUAACGCAAAAAGAUAAGAUUGUGAAUAUAAAAAUAUAAUUUAUUUUUAUAUUCACACAUAUUGAUGAAACUCCCUCUAUACUCAACGUUAAUUGCAACUAUGGUAAAAUAAAGUUUAUUAUUAUAAUAUACAUAGCGGUUUUAAUUACUGUUGUUAUCAGUAACAUAUAAUCAAUUUCGCUAUGUGUACUUAUAAAAUGUGUUUUUUUCUUUAUCACCUAAUUCGUCAAAUUCACUGUUAAGUGCACGGUAUACACCAUUCCAAGCAUUUCUCGUCAAGUUUCUAUCUUUAUAUAUUUCUAUUGUUUUGUCCCAAAGAACAGGUCUCGCUUCAAUUAAUGUUAUUAAUAUUUCACUAUCAAUCUGAGACAUCAUAAUAUAAAAUAUAUGCACCUACUUCAAACAGCCACAAAGUGUAAAUGAAAUUAAUGUACCAAACAACCAAAGAAACUACCUUCGUGCGACUGAACGACAGUAUCAUAUGAAAGGAUGCAUUAAGUCCCCUAUGCUGGGCUACUGGGUGCGUAAAGACGGCACGGCUGCCGUCUGUUGUUGUAGCAAGGGACGACAUAAACACGGCGACUUUACCGAACGUUCCAACCACUGUCUAGUGAGAAUGAUUACAUGAGCCACCAUUGGAACGUCGUCGUGCGUUCUAACCCUCGCACGUUUAAAUUCUUACAAUGUACAACAGCGCUAACUCUUGCAUCUCUGGUGUUCUUUCUGUCAUACAGAAAAUAUCGUGGUGUAAAAAAGUUACGCCUUUUAUCCUCACCAUUACUUGUCUUUGGAAUUUAUCUUCAGCCGUUCGCGAAUCUUAUAACAUCUCACACCAUGAACAAUUUUUCUCUUCGUAUUAUUGUCGGCUUUUGUCCUGUCAUGAUUUUAUAUUACUUUUUUCGACAAUUUUCAUAUUCCUUGUCAUUAAGUUAGCUAAUAUCUUGUUCUUUCUCAACUUUUCGACUUUUGUUUGUGUUCUUUAAUUCAUUUUGAUGACAUGUACAACGUUUUUCUUGUUUCUGGUUCAUCUUUGUCAUCUUGUCGAUAAUUUUUCUGUUCUUUUCUUUCUUUAUAAUUGUGUAUACUGUUCUUCUUUAUACACUUCUUAACAUUUUUUUAGCGUUUUUAACCAUCUUGACAAUUUUUUUAUGAUCUUGUUUACCUCAUUCUUCAUGUUGUCAUGCUAUUGAUGUGAAUUCUCAUCUUCGUUAUCACCUGAGCCCUGAUUCUAAUUGAGAUUUCGAUUCAAAACACGUCGAAAUUAAUAUGGCGGCGUCCAAAUGCGACUUUUGCAUUUCAGUUGAAAUAAAACAACGACGUCUCAAAGUAAAUAUCUUCGGUUGUAACUAAAAUCGAAAUGAGUAAGAAUGGCUAGCGAUAGCGACUGUCAUGGCGUAGUCGCUUUUAAAUUUCGACAUUGAAAUGAAAUAGAAUCAGGGCUCUGGUUGAUACUGGAUUUUUCGGUUUAAUCGUCUUAUCAACGUUUUCUUGCUCGUCAUGAUUAUUACAAUUAUCUUGGUUUUAUUUUUUAUCUUGUUCCCAAUUUCGUUUUGUCUUGUUUAAUUUAUUGCAAAAGUUGUUCUUGCUUUUUAAUAUAUUUUCCUUGUUUUUCUUUAACUAUACGUAUCCUUAACUUGUCAUUCUUUGUUCUUCCAAAGUUUUCUUUGAAGCACUAUGUUUAACUAAUAUGAGAUAUUCUCUUCAUAUUACAUAAACAGCAAGACUGUUGUUUUUACGGAACCAACCAGUGGCAAUAGUAUAGUGCUCAAACUCCUCACAUUGGCACCCAUUUCAAUGUAUUGAAUACAUUAAAGGUGAAUCCGAUACGGAAAUGAGAAAUAAUAGCUUUACUAGUAUAUUUUUGCAGACGCUCAUCAUUUUCUAUGUAUAAUACUGCUAAAAAAUCAAAUACUGGAGUUAAAAUAACAUAUCAGUAAUUUUAUAUCUAAGCAUCACAAAUGUCUUAAUAGCUGAAUCUAUUUUUUAUAAUUUGACAUCAAAGCAUUCGUAGUGUAUCGUGUGUAGCUCUUCUAUAGUCUGUUAAAUAGAUUUUUUUGAUAUAUUGUGCAGUUAGAUGUGCUCCUCUUUGUGCCACUAAAGUGUCUUAGACUUUACUUAUUAACGACAUAUAUGAAUAUUUUUGUAUAAUAUACUUAAAUAUGGAAAUAUAUUUUAGAAAAACUACAAAAAGGAAGUUAUACCUGUCUAGGUUAGUAUUUAAUUCUUUAAUUGAAUUAUAAUGACGUUCUAGCUAACUUUGUGUUCGUUUUAUUUCUUCUAUUAUCUUCUUCUAUCGUUUAUGGCUUGUGUUCUGGCUAGGCUACAUAAUGUUUAGCCUCUUAAAGCUCUCUAGCUCGUCGUUAAUGCAGUAGACGAGAUAUCUAAUGCUAAAUGUUAUCUAUUUUUUAUGUGGCGUUGAAGGUUGGGUUUCACUAUGCUUCUAAUUUGGAUCUUUGUUCUGCCAAAUUUUCUACUUUCUUGAAACUUUCUGUAAUACAUCGGUUAGCCUACAAAUGUGUUAAGGUUGUUACUCCAGACAUAAACUUUUUCCACACUUGGAAUACGACUACCUUGGAGGUGCAAUCUAACUGAAUUUGGCCCAUACUGCAUUGCAGUAUGCUUCUUUGAACAAUAGGCUGGCGUUUUCGAUCGAAGUAAUUACCCGUUGUCUACUUAACUAUUAAUAUUAUUACUACUUAUAAGAGAUUAAUACCUACUAUUUCUUCUGUAUCAACAAAUACACUAUCAUCCCAGUUGAACACCUUUGUAUUUUGAAUGUCCCCCCUCCUUUAAAGUAUUUUCAUUUACUUUUCUUCUGACGUCAAUAGUUUUUUCUUUUUGACUCCUGUUUCCUCGUUGUUAUCUUUGCAGAGUAUUCCCCUAGUAUACUUUCAUAUUGUGAUUUAUCGUCAAUCUAAGGAGUACUGGUUAGAACAAUCUAGCCAGAUCUAAAGAAAAAGCCGAAGAAAAGAGUUUGUCAAAGAGAGGACAAUAGGAGAUAUUAAAGUCAUUCCCCCAAGACAGGUUGAAGUAAAGUGGAAUGUCAGGGAGUCAAGUCGUCAAAGGGUGAUGAGCGGGGUUUAGGUAAAUUGUCAAAAAUGGCGACCAACUCCUGGCCCAGUUUCGUUCACUAUUUUCGGCAGUCCUUAACUUGUCCCGUCCGCCUUACAAAAAUUAGCGAUUAGCGAACCGGAAAAUAGCACGACUACCUCUCCGUUUGGUCGCCUUUUACGACAAACGGGAGAAAACUGUGGGGAUAUUCUUGCGUGACCAAUCAUAACCAGUUUAUUCCGUACCUACCAGUUUUACUCUUUGUCUUUUUACUUCUCUUAACCAUUAUAAUACUUUUUAUAAGCCUUUUACUCCUUGCCAAUUUAUUCUUAAAUAUCAUCAUCAUAACACCGCCAAAUUUGUGCACUGUCGGACAUACGCCUCCUCAAGAUGUCUUCACCCUUCUCUGCCCUGCGCAGCUGCAAUCCAGUUUCCGAGCAUAUCUUUGUCCCCACUACAGGUUUCGAUUAAAUUAAGUCUGAAUUUAACUGAUGUAAUAUGAUGUCGAAAAACUCCGUUACUUCUUGUCUUAAACCCUAAUAUUAACUGCUUUUCUCCUUGUCAUCUCAUUACACUAAUCAUUUUAAUAAUUAUACUUAUUGUACCAACCGUUGCAUGUUUUGUAAAUAAAGUAAAUUUUCUGGACCUAAAUGAGAGUAUUACUUCCUUUGUUGGACGUUUUUUCUGUCAAUUGUAAAAAUUUCUGUAUGUACAAUCAAAGCAAUAUCACCUAAGUAAUCUGUUCAAUUAAUAAAAACUAUAUUUAACAGACUAUCUAUCGAUUAAACUAAAAUAUUAACUAAAUUUACGUUUGUUAAUAUCAAAAUAUACUAACAUAUGUAUUUUAAAUACGUGGUCAGUUUGACUAAUUUUAAGUACAUUAUCUUUAUAAUCGUUCGUUCCAUUAUGACUCGUAGUUUUUAAUAUGUCAAGUUUUUUAUUAGAUCUGUUUAUAGUUUAAAAAAUAUUGUGCUAUAGUUAUUAACAUACCAAGAGUGUUAUAAGGAUAAUAACGCUUGAGGUCAAUACCGAGGGCCUUUGGCCCGAGGGAUAUACGUUGACCGAAAGCGUUAUUAUCUAUAAUACCCGUGGUGCCUUCAACGUUUAAUGUCCGAUUAAAUAUUCUUUAUAUGUAAAAAAUUUGAAUGAAUUGUAAAUUAAUUUCAUUUUAUCAACUUGACAGUACAUAUUUAACUAGUUAUUUAAAUUUAAUACCCUAGGGUGUUAUUUUUCAAAAUAACGCCCUAGGGGGUAUUAAAUCAUACUUAAAUUAUCUGACUUCGAAAUCAUGUCAUUCUUGGUCAAAUAAUAUACCAAUCGGACAUUAAAUUUUAUUUUCUAUAGUUGUGGUCAAGUAUAUUAUGUAUAAACAAAAAGGUAUUACCAGACAAUAAUAAGCCACAAAUAAUGUGUCACAAAAGCAACCACCCUCACAGCAUGACGACAAGAACAACUGAAAAUCUUAAAAAAAAAACUAAUAAGAAAAAUAGUAAUAGCACCAAAAUCAAAGAAAAAGGGUACAAUGCCGAUUAUAAAUUGAUAAAAAUAAAAAUAUUUUGAAAAGGGAGAGUACAUAUCAUAGACAUAGACCAAAGUUCAAACUAGUGCAUUACAUUUGGCCUCUAAAUUGGGCAUUUAGUAAUUUUUGAAUUUUAAUUGGAGAUAAUUAUCGUCUUUUUGGACAAAAUCGGAGGGCUGAAUCUCAUUAUUUCCUCAUCAUAAAUGUAACAAUUAAAAUCCCUACAUUUUUUUUGAGAUUUGUAAUCUUGCCUUACAUUUCCGUAUUUAGUUAGUCAAACAUCAGUUUUCUCAUUGUACAAUUACUUUAACGUAUUCCGUGUGCAUGACUCCGAUCGGAGCCAGUGUGGUACUUUACUAGACGCGCAUGACUCCGAUCGGAGACAUUGAUUUUUCAGACGUAUAUUUUGCCGCUCCUGGAGAAACACUCUCUCGGAAAAUCGCGGCGAAUGUGUUAACAGGCGGUAUGGUAUGAUAUUACGUUUGGUUUUUGCGUGGAAAGUAAGUCUGCAAUAGCUGACUGAAUACCAUCGGGUAAAAUAUCAAAGGGUAGACCGAAGCCAUAAAAUAAAUAGGAAAGAUGGAACAUAGAGAAUGUUAGAGAAAAUAAUAGGAAAUUAUUAGAAAUUACGAAAGAAACAGAAUAGAUUCCAUCCGUAAAAAAUAUUUUGGAGUGAGAACAGUUAGAGCUUCCAUGGGAGAACCUAGCUUUUUUAAAUGAUCUUGUCAUGGUUGAUUGUGCAUGCUGACACAUAUUAAUAAACAUGUUUACUUUGGUAAUAAUAGAAUACAACAUUCGUUAUAGGAGAUUACAUUGAAAACAGGUUGCCAGUCAAAAAGUGACCGCAAAUAGUUUUAAAUUAAUAGUAAUUUAUUUUUGACAAAAAAAUUCGUUCAUGACAAGGUUGACAAGGUUUGAUGGCGAAUGCGAAUUGUUAAAGCAGUCAUCUUGUCAAACCAGUGGCGUUGCGUGUUAGCUCUCUUUCAGUUCAUCUCUGAUAUCUCGCGUGUUUUAAAUCUGGCAACCCUAAUUUUCGACCACUUUUUGACGGGCAACCUGUUACCUAUGUGUUCUCCUAUUUCUAAAUUUGAGGAGUCUUGAAUAAAAACUCGCUUUCUCCAAAAUUUUCGUUUAUCACAGAUCGCUAUAAACUUGUAAAAAACAAGCCAUUACAGUUAUCACACGGAUUUAAGUUUCAUAUUAUAGAAUUUAACCAUAGAAAUUGAUAUUACAUAAUGAGUGAAAUUCAACUUUCGUCGAUAAUUAAAUAAUUGGCAUUUUUGUUUUGGACAACAAACCGGCAUACUUAUGUUUUGUGGACCUUAAGAAGGCAUUCGACAGGGUCAAAUUAAAGGACGUUAUCCAUUUAUUGUACACAAGAGAGGUACCUCUAGGAAUAAUUAAAACGAUCGAAAAUAUCUACCAGAACAACACAAUAAAAGUAAAAGUAGAUGAAGAACUAACUGACCCAAUUGAAGCUGGCAAUGGAAUAAGACAGGGAGAUUCCCUGAGUCCUCUGUUGUUCAACCUGAUCAUGGACGAAAUAAUAAAAAAAAGUAAGAACAAAAAAAGGAUACCAAAUGGGAGAAAAACAACUUAAAAUAAUCUGCUAUGCAGACGACGCAAUACUAAUCUCUCAAAGUGAAGAUGAUUUACAACGUAUGCUGCACGAAUUUAAUAUAACCGCUAGAAAAUUUAACAUGUUAAUUUCCCCAAAAAAGACUAAAUGCAUGGUUAUAACAGCAGAUCUAAUAAGGUGUAAAUUAGAGCUGGAGGCUCAAAUAAUAGAACAAGUCAUGGAGUUUAAAUAUCUAGGCAUCACACUAUGCAGCUACGGAAAGCUCGAAAGAGAAGUGGAAGAUCAGGUGAAUAAAGCAAACAGAGCCGCUGGUUGCCUGAAUGAAACAAUAUGGAAAAAUAAAAACAUCGGAAAAGAAGUGAAAGGCAGAAUUUACAAAACAGUCAUCAGACCAAUAAUGACAUACGCGGCAGAAACACGACCUGAUACAGAAAGGACAAAAAGAAUGCUAGAAACAGAGAUGAAAACAUUGCGAAAAAUUGAUGGUAAGACGAUGAGGGAUAGAGCUAGAAGUGCAGAUAUACGAAGGAGAUGCAAGGUGGACAACAUUAAUAACUGGGUGAAAAGCAGAAGAGUAGAAUGGAACGACCACAUAAGCCGAAUGACAACAAAUAGAGUAGUAAGGACGGCUAGAGACGGUUCCCCAAUAAGAAGACGAUCAGUGGGAAGACCACGAAAAAGAUGGAAUGACAACUUACUGGAGGCACAUUGAAAAACAGACAGAGUAAUGUCUAUACAAAAAGAAGAAGAAGAAGAAGAAGCAUUUUUGUUUGGAGAAAGCGAGAUUUGAAGCAAACUUUUGGAGAAAGCAAGUUUUGAAACACACUCGUUAGGAGAAAGCAAGUUUUGAAACAAUUCCCUUUUUUUGCAUAUGGAAUUUUACAACUUGUGUUUUUUGGCGAUUUUAAUAGAAUAAAAGUAAUUUGCUUGAUAAUGGUACAACAGAUCUGAUCGAUUCCAAUGACGAUAUAGUUCUUGGAAGAUCAUGCCUAAAAUACGCAAUUUAUCCGUUUUUUUUUUGUUUUUGCCCAUUCAUUUUUCAUCGGUGUUCUUUUUCUUGCCUUUUUAUCAGGUCCUACCACUUGAACAUCCAUUACGAAUAGACGAAAAAUAUUACUGUAAUACUACUUAUUUUAAAAGAAAAAACUAUACAAAUAGUUAGUAUUCAAAGUUAAUAGCUAAUAAAACUAGUAACAAACACUGACGUUGCAUUAGACAAAUAGAGUAAUUAAAGCUGUGUGGGUCAGCCCACUCACUUUACACGCCUCCUAUUGGUCGGUUAGAGAAAGACGGGUUUCACGCAGAACUGUCAUAUGAGAAAGACGGGUUCGAUUUAAAAGUAUACUUUUAACAUUUAAUUUAUAUUGGAUAAAGCUAAUUUUGAGUCAAACUAGGUCUGGAUUCGUGUAGAGUUCAACAAACAGAUUCAGAAAAUAUAAACAACUCAAUUUCGGCCAUGGAUGGAGUGUUACGUUGGUGCUACGUUGGUAGAUUGCCAUGAUAAUCUUGCAGGGUUGGAAUGUCGAGUUGAAACACUGACUCUAACUUUAUAACUUUAUUUACUGUUUACAACAUCAAUCACUAUAAGGUUACUAAGAUGUUGUUUCGCGGAGUGGUCCUUCAGGACACCCUUCUCGUAGGACGGCUCACUAGCAUAGUAACGAUCUUGAUAAUAACAAUACUAUAUUGAUUUAUGAUAAUCCCUCUGUGGGCUAUUUAUAUCUCCUUAUAAUUUGGACUUUGAAAAGUAAACUAUACGUGAGCCUCUACGAGGUUACAUAAACAAAACUGCGUUAAUCAACCUUCGUUUUGUUUGCAUAUUUAGAAACAAUAUCUUUUUGUAACAAUUUAAAUUACUUAAAAUUAUAUACAUCUUUUGAUACAUAUUAUAUUAUACAGUAAGGGAUUUUCCCUUACUGUACAGGAGAAAGCGAGUUUUGAUUCUAUACUCUUCAUUUUAUGUAGAAAUGUGAUUUUAAUUAACUAUGUUAUGAACGUAGUGAUUUUACAGUGGGAUCUAUAGUACUAUAUAAAUACUGCAAGUGAGGUUUGAGUAAUUUUUAGUUUGUUUUAAUAUUUUACGGUUACCUAUAUUGUUGUUAUGGUUGUCAAUUUUGUUAGAACAAUGGUUAGCAGUUCGUAAAUGAUGUUAUAGUCCAAAGUUACAUAUCUUCCUUGACUUUUAGGUAAAUAUUAACACUAAAAGGUCCUAUGGACUUUUGCGUGGUGUUGGUAUGACUUUGUUUGGAAAUGUUCAUGAAAUCUAUCUCUGUAUAACAUCAUUCUUUAGUGGUCUGUUGUGCUGGUAAUGUGAAUAUGUUUCUCAGAAUCUAAAUUAUUAGCCAGAGUAUUGUAUGCAGUAGGUAAAAACAUUUGCCGUCACAAUGAAUAGCAGCUUUGAGAUUAUGUAUUUGGUUAGACUGUUAAUGUACCUGAUUUUUUGUUGAAUAGUUGAAAGUGGCAAUUGUUUUUAAAAAGACUACAUAGUUCUUCGUAAACAAAAGCAAAAGUACUUAGAUUCUGUUAGAAACUAAAUAUAUUGACCGGUUAAGCAAAUUAUUGUUUGUCACCGGUGAUUUUUUUUGCUUAUUAAAAAAUCAAUGCAAAUGAGGUUGUUCGAAUCAAUAAUGCAGCAGUAUUAAAUAUUAUUUUUGUAACAGAUUAUCUGAUUUAGUCUCAAUAAGUAGUUAUUCUUUUUCUGUAUAAUCAGUAAUAUUUAUAAUCUUGUACUUAUACAUUAUAUACCUACACCAUCUCAUUUUUUUUAUAAAGCUUUCUAUUUACGUUAUAUUUACGCCAUCGUAGUUUUAUAUAAUAAAUUUUGUGAGUUUUUUAAUGUUGCUUUUCGUUUAAUAACACUUUUUGUGUUAAUUUUUGUUUUACUACUACGUAUUAUAUAUUUUUAAUAAUAUAAAAUAAACAACUUCCGUAAGUAA